AUGGCACAAAGACGCAGAAAGACCCAUCGAAUCCCACCAGUGUGGCUCCUGUCCCUUCUCCCAGCAGCUUUGGCCCUGCCAAAACUCACCAGCGAAUGCCCGACUGGCUUCAAAGGAAGGCUAGAAUCACCAGGUUAUACGCAGUGCGCCAUACCGGCCGACGACACGUCGGGCUCGCACCCGUCGCAGUGGGCGCCAUGGACUCACAAGCCCCUUUGCGUCUAUGGCGCGGCGCCGAAGACCCAGCCAUCUGGCUGCGGUGACAGUCACGACGGAACAAUUAAAGCUUCUCCUCCUUCUCGGACCAAGUUCUGCGUCUACACCAACGCGCACGCUGGCCACGGCGGCAUGAGCCUCAUCACAACCCCUGAGCACGCCGCGAGCAGCCUGCACCUGCUCGAGAACCCUAACCUCUGUCUUUCAAGCGGCAAUAACCUGCAAAACGCCAGCACCACCCCGGUAUAUGAGGUUGUGGACGUGCCGGGCAAGGGCAAGGGCGUGAUUGCGACGCGGCGGAUCCGACGCUUCGAGGCUUUCAUGGUUGAGCGGGCCGCCCUUGUGACCGAUAACCUGUUCCCGAGCCUGGUAGAGCGGUAUACGGGAUAUAGCCUGCUGCACGAGGCCGUGGACCGGCUGGCCGACCCGGACAGGGUGCUGUCGCUGGCGAGUAGCAACCCGCACGCGGGGGAUGCGGUCGAGAAUAUCCUGAGGACGAAUUCGUUUACCGGGGAGCUGGACGGUGCGCCGCACAUGACCUUGUUCCCUUUGAUUGCUAGGAUGAACCAUGCGUGCAAGCCAAAAUUCUCUCGUCGAACAGACACCGCUCUCGGAAUGGAUUUCCAAGAACGCCAGGCCCAACUCCAUAACACCUGGGGAUUCAAGUGCACAUGUGCAGCCUGCACCGCCCCGGAGUCCUCCCGAGCAGUUUCGGACCAGCGACGCAAGGACAUCAAAGCCAAGAGCGAAGAGUUGACUGAUUCCAUCGAUAAUGCAGAUGCCCCAGUUGCCGUUCGUCUCUCUCUUGAGAUCCUCGAUCUUCUCGCGAGCGAGGAUCUUCCCUCUCUGUUUGCAGAGCAGUAUGAAAUCCUGGCGAGGAUAUUUCACAUGAUACGAUACAAGAAGAAGGCGGUCAAAUAUGCGGAGAUGGCUUUGAAGGUGCUCGACAUAUAUGGUUCUUUGAAUGAGGAUGAUGAACUCCAGAGUUUGAAAGCCCUGAUGGAAAGUUUUGACGAACCUAGGCUUAAAAGUCAGGGAGUAGAGACCAAAAUGGAAUAA